GUUGGGCGGCGCAUGCGAGAUAGAGUUGGGUCGGACUGCGCAUGUGUGACCUGCUAGACUACGCGCACGGUGUCCAGAGGUAGAGGCUGAGGGGAGCUUCGCGAUAGUCGUGCACACUUUCUACUUUGGUAUUUGUGGAUAUACGGGCGACCCUGCAGACGGCGGAACGAAAUAGCCGUGGCGUGGCGUGCAGGAGCCGCCGGUUUCAGAUACUUGAUACCAGCGUGAAAGACGUAAUGAGCCAACCAUGACAGCGCCCGACAGGAAGGAAGAUGCAAGCCUGAGCGCAACUAACGAGGAGGCUAUAAAGUUCAUGGAUUCCUUUUUGAAGGAGUUCCCCAUCCCUCUGGGUCCUGAAGCCCCUCUUCCUGUGAAGCCUCUAAACAACACUGUGAGUCGGGAGGAGGUUCACGGUGAAAGUCUGGAGCUCGCUUUGCGGCUGCUGCAGGACAGAAAUUUACCCCAUCGCCUCUCUGCUGCCCUGUGUCAUGAAGCUGCAGCUGCACUCCUGCAGUCAGAUCUUAGAAGUUUUCAAAACCAACAGGAAUCUCAGGAAGAGGAGACCUUGCUGGACUCUGUACCACUUCUGUGCUCCCUAAUAAACACGCUGAGGGAUGUUUGCUGUGUGUGGCAGAAGCAUCCUCCAUACUUUGAAACUGAAACUCGGGUCCUACAGACCUCAGUGCAUGCAAUCAAGAACACUCGCAGGAAAAUGGAGGAUAGGCAUGUCAUUGUGACAGAGUUCAACCAGUUAUUUGGAAUUCAGGAUCAGAUUAAUCGAAGUUACUUUGCUGUCUUUGAUGGACAUGGAGGACUUGAUGCUGCAACAUAUGCUGCAACUCAUAUUCAUGUGAAAGUUGCAGAGAGUGAGCUACUACAGAGUAAAGCUGGUGAGGCACUACAAAUUGCUUUCAAGAAGACUGAUGAAAUGUUCCUAUUAAAAGCAAAAAGACAGAGACUGCGCAGCGGAGCUACAGGUGUCGCAGCACUGAUCUGUGAUGACAUGUUGCACGUUGCUUGGCUGGGAGACUCUCAGGUGGUUCUAGUGAGAAAGGGCCAGGUUGUUACACUAAUGGACCCCCAUAAACCUGAGCGAGAGGAUGAGAGAGAGAGGAUUGAAGCUCUGGGUGGGUGUGUUGCAUUUAUGGGAUGCUGGAGAGUGAAUGGCACAAUUGCAGUCUCCAGGGCUAUUGGUGACAUUGACCAGAAGCCAUAUAUAUCGGGGGAUGCUGACAGAGCUUCCUUCCAACUCACUGGCACGGAGGACUACCUUCUUCUGGCCUGUGAUGGCUUCUUUGACACCGUGAAACCAUAUGAUAUUGUUUCAGUGGUUCUGGAUUAUCUCCGGGAGAAUCAGGGAGAUGGAAGCAAAGUAGCAGAGAAACUUGUUACAGAAGCCAAAGUGAAUGGUUCCAGCGAUAACAUCACUGUCCUUGUGGUUUUUCUCAAGGAUCCCAAAGUAAUACUGCAGGAAGCUGGGGAGCUUGAGGAAUCAAGCUCUGCACCUUUCAUUUUUUUCCGUGAUGUUGCAGAGAACCAAAAUAAUACUUUGUCAGCCUGAAAUGUACUGAACAAUAUUCCAGCAAAUGAGAUGGUGCAGCCAAAAGUUGACUUGUGAUUUCAUUGAGUCACAUGCAGCCAAAGCCAAAAUGACAUACUGGACUGAAGAUCUUUCUGUCUUUAUUCCUGUUGGAUAAUGGCUACACUCAAUGCCACCUUUAAAUGUUGCUUUGUGGAAUUCCAUGUUUCAAAGUAUUAUGUUGCUGUUGACUUCUGAUGUUUGUGUUUUACUGUCAAUGGGAUCAAUCCCAUUUGUCGAUUUUAAAAUUUGUUGUCUGUUACGUAGUGUACUGUUUAAUGAAACAUUUAAGAUGUUUUCCAAAAACAACCCAUUAAGGGGAUAUGAGAUAGUCUUUUUAAAAUAUCAACUGCCAUAUUGUUAAAUACUGUAAAAUAUGCAUUACCUUUGUACAUGCCAGUAUUCAAAACUGCACAUAGCAACACUUCUGUCACUUUGGUUCUUGGGGACUUCUAAAAACUAAGUGGUGGUGAGGAAAACAGUAUUAUAGAAUUUGCCAGUCUGAAGAUCUCCUAAGGCAGUAUUGACAGCCAAGUGCCUUUUGCACAUUACAUUUUCAUUUUACAGCCAUUGAUUCUCCAUCUGAUAGGUUUAUUACAGAGUUAAUCCUAUGGAUAUCACAACUAAAAGAAACCUGUGCAUAGGACUUGUAGGUAGCAAGUGCAGACUAAGCUGCUGUUGUUUAUUUUAUAACUUAUUCUAAGAUAUCUACAGUACAUGGAUCUCUCUCUGUCUAGUCUCUUUUAAGAAGGAUUAGCACCCCUUUCAUUUACAAGUGUUAAACUUUACAAUGGCUUGCCUUCCUUCUGACAGUAGUUCUCCUGUCUCAUUGUAGAUAUUGCCCUCCCACAUAAUAUUUAUAUUUCUAGGAUUAAACCAUCCACAGUAUUUUAACAGGAAAAAGCAGUGGGUGGUGUCUGAGGUUCAAAGCACAUGGUUUCUUACUGUCAUUUUUCCACAGAUAAUUGCCAAGAAUCAUUGUAACUGUUGUCAGCCCAGUACACAACAAAUAUUCUGUCAUUGUAACAGUUAAGGGUCUUUACAGUUUAUCCUACACCAAUAUUUUUAUAACUAUUUAAAAUCAAAUUAAAAAUCUAAAUACUGUAUAUUUUAUUAUACUGUAAAGAAAUGUACAACAGUGUUGCUUAGUCCUUCAUUUGUCUGUCAUUAGUCUUUGUUUCAGACUAUUUCAUGUACCUACCUCUUUCUACUGAGUGCUAAUAGCCUUAUUGGACUCCGCUAUUUUAUCUUUCAUAUAUUAGGAGCUUUAUUCCUUCUGAGUAAGAUUACCCACCAGUAUUUUCUUAUGGUAUUAAAAGAGGAAACUUGCCAUAUCAUGCUACAUAAAACAUGACAAAAAUGAACUAAGUAAAUUAUCUCACCCUUUAUGAGUGAUAGUUAAGCAUAUUUAAAAUAAAUAGCAAAUACUAACUGUGCUUUUGGUUGUUUAAUAAUGUUAAUAGAAGGGUCAUAUAGCAGGACUGCAAUAACUUGUCAGUGUUUGCAGCAGAAAUAGACAAUAAUGGAUUUUUUCACUUUUAAUUUUUCUAAGGAAAGUAAAAUGCAAAUGUUACUUAACAAAACCAGUAUGAAGCUAACUGUUUAGUCACUAGUGAUUAACACAUAAUAAACAAGCCUCACUUCAGUGUCUCUUUAGUUGGAACAGACAGGUUGUCUGAAAAGAUGUUUAAUAUUGCUAGUGCUUCUUACUUCAUUUAGAGUUCAUGGUAGACAAGUGAGGUUCCACUUCUGGGCCUUGCCCAUUCUGGAAAGAUGUCACAGUGCUACACUCUAGUGAAAUCAAGUUCUGACUAUACGACUGCAGUUCAGUUUUUCUGUGCUCUCCAUUUAAAGACUGAUGCAAGAAUUUUUUUGUAUUUACAUUCAAUAUGCAAACAUGAAUGUAUCUAAAACCCUGUUCAGCAAAGGCAGCUAAAUGCAGAUGUAUGAAAGUUAAUUCAAUAUAGACUUGAUCUGGGCAUUGAUAAAAGAUCGUCUGUUAUUUAACAUUUGCAAAGCCUUUGUUUUAUAUGGAAUAUACAAAUGUUAAACUGGAUAUUUUAGUUUCUCAAUGGUUACAGUUUAAUUUUCAAAAUAUAUUUAUAAAAUAUGCUGUUCAUUUUUCUAUUUUACCAAGGUGAAUAUUUGAAUUUUGUCUUAAUUUUUUUGUGUGUUUUUACAAUAUCAAGUGUGCACAUCAUAGUAUCUUAAGCCAGGUCAUUAACAAGUGCCUUAUUGUUGUCCAAAAUAGUUUUAGGAGGAUAAGUGAGACUUUGCAUCAAGAUUUUUAGGAAAUUUACAACUCUCUCUUGAUUUAUUUUGUUCAGGCCACCUUGUCUGAACAGUUUCAAGUAUCAGUUGAGCUGGGGAAAAGUUCAGUAUUCAUAUUAGAGCACUGGAAUGCUACAGGGACUUACUGGCAUUUUUUUUUUAAACCUGUGGACAUCAUUUGUGUGUUUUGCAAAAUUGCUGUGUAUUUUCUGUAACAAGGAUUAUGCAAAAUAAAUUGUUAAAUAUUACAAAAUGGUUGCAUUUUAACCAUACAUUUGGAAAA